ACAAUAUUCAGAAGAAGAAUCUCAGGCAAUCGAGAGAAACAUGAAAAUCACGGGCAAAAACAGAGCAAACGCCGACAUCCCAGGUGACAAGAACAGACCUCGGCUGAAUAAAGGCAUCAAAGAGGGCGGAUCUGAUUACAUUAAUGCUGUUUUUGUUAACGGUCAUUGGAGGAAGAAACGCUUUUUAGUUGCACAAACACCCUUGCCAGAGACAGUCGAAGAUUUCCUAACGCUCAUUUACCAAGAGUCUUGCUCGUGUAUUGUCAGCUUUGAAACAGACAUUGGAAAUAAUGAGAGCGUUGGCUUAUAUUUCCCUGCUGAAAAUCAAGUGCUAAACAAGAGAGCGUUCAGUGUGGAAAGUUUACGACAAGAUGGGAAGGCUUAUAACACAAGAAGAACUCUGAUGUUGAGACAUACGGGCGAACAUAAGGAGACAAACGAAAUAAGCAUUCCACAGCUAGAGUUCACUGCCUGGGAUAGUUCGAGAAAUACUCCAAGGUCCGCAUCAGAGUUUUUGGACUUCAUUGACGAUGUUGAGGAGGCAUCAAGAGCAUCUACAUCUGGAGGACCAAUUCUUAUUCACUGCAUUGACGGAGCCAGCAAGAGUGGUUUGUUUUGUGUUGUUUCCCUGCUGCUACAAAAGAUGGCCAUUGAACACGAAGUCAGUGUUGUAAAUGCUGUCAGAAAGGUCAAGGCGAGGCGAAGGUUGGCUAUCCCAGUCAGGUGA